CUCUCUGGCUUUGCAACAUCUACCCUAGAGCCAAAAUGGGUGGUGAUUGGACACUCCGCUCCCUUUUGAUGGUUCUCCUGUCUAUCUCCUUGGCGGCGGCUGGACCCCUUCGCAGCCGGAUCGUUGGAGGCCGUGAAGUGAAGCCCCAUUCCAGACCUUACAUGGCAGCUUUGAAAAUCAAUGGACAUUUUGGAUGUGGGGGGUUCCUCAUUGCCCCCCGGUGGGUGUUGUCAGCAGGCCACUGCAACGGAGAUAUUUCCGUCAUUUUGGGGGCGCACGAUCUGAACGCUGUUGAAGAGACCUGGCAAGUGUUUGGAGUCAUAAGCUAUCACGAACAUCCCGGUUAUUCCGUAGUAGCGGGUAUCCCUUUCAACGACAUCUUGCUGCUGAAGCUGGACCGUGAAGCUCAACUGAAUGAAUACGUUCAAAUGAUCCCUAUCCCAAAGUCCAUGGACGACCUUCCUAAAAACACCCCAUGUUCUGUGGCGGGAUGGGGCCGGAGAGAUGCCACGUAUUUUCCCACACCGAAGCUCUUUGAGACCAAUGUGACGGCCCUCGGUCGUAGAAAAUGUCUCCUGUUUGAUCCAGAACUUACUGACGGGAUGAUGUGCGCUGGCAGUCGGGCCACGCUCUGCGAUGUUAGCAAUGGGGAUUCUGGGAGUGCCUUGCUCUGCAAUGGGGUGGCCCACGGCAUCGUCUCCUAUGGCUUCCAGAUCCCGCCUUCUAUAUACACCCGCGUGGCCUUCUACCUUCCUUGGAUCGAGGCGACGAUGAAUGAAUACUGAUGAAGAGAGAGAGAAGCUUAUUGCAGCGUUUCAAUGCAUUUUUUUUUUUUUGCCUC